AUGAACAUGCAGAGGCAACCCACCGGUGCCUCGAUCAACUCGAGCGUGCCCCGCCGCUCCACGUCGGGCCGCUCAGUGGCCACCAAUAGUCCUACUUCAUACGUGGCACUCAUGCGCAAGCAAAAGGCUACAGUAUGGUGCGACAGGGCCCAAUCGACCGAUGUCCGUACCGAAGCCGCCCGGCGGGCUGCUAAACACCGCGCUCAACUCGCCGUCCAGAGCUCCGCCACAAUAAAUUCCGCCCGUACCUCAACACUGUCAUCUGGCGGUGUGGUGGGCAAGAUAAGGCACGGAGGCGUGCCUAAAGCUCCUGGAUAUGUCCCAGCCAACAUGUCUGGUGCCGGGGUGCCAAUGAGAUUGUCAGCUAAUGAGAUGAUGGGUGACGAAGAAGAUGAGGUGGGCUAUAUGCGGGGUGACAAUGCCAUGGCUCAGCCACGCUCCGGUAGCAACAAGAGCAGCACCAACUCUGGCAAGUACAGGUCGGGCUACCCUAGACCAGACCAAGGGCGUUUCAGCUCUACCAGCACGCCGAGUGGUGAUGGCUCACCAACGGCCAAGGAUCGAAUCCCUGAAGAAUCGCACCCAGCUCACGGCGAGAGUCAGACCGAGUACUAUGCUACGCGGGAGAGGAGAGAUUCCACUGACGAAGAUUCCUUUGGCGAGUUGAAAGAGCUUGCCGGGCCAAACUCUGCCCUACAAGCAGCUGCAACAGCGAAGAAGGCUGAAGAUCUACGACGGAGAGGAAGCGUUGACGAACGGGCUAUGAGUAUGGGAUCCGGAGUCAAAUUAUUUGUUGCGAACCCAGACGUCGACAGCGAUUGA